GCGGGGAGGGGGCGGCGCAGGGCAGCGGCGGCUCGCGGUGUUGUUCGCUCGCGCGUCGGGCGCACCGCGGCUCGGGCGAGCAGUGGGCGCCCCCGGCGGCAUUCCCGGCGGCCCGGCGCCUCAGCCAGUGCCCGGCGCGGCUUCCAUCCCGCAGCCGGACGCUCCCGAGGGGCUCCUGGUGGCGUCCCUGCGCCGAGCUGGACCGGCGGCAGCCGCCGAAGCAUGUAGAAGGGGUACGGCGCGAGCCCCCCACGGUUUCGCGGUGAGCUGGUACAGCCGCGGAGCUCAAGAUGCCGUUGGUGAAAAGAAACAUUGACCCUCGGCACUUGUGCCACACAGCGCUGCCCAGGGGCAUUAAGAACGAGCUGGAAUGUGUAACCAACAUUUCCCUGGCAAAUAUAAUUAGACAGCUGAGUAGCCUGAGUAAGUAUGCUGAAGACAUAUUUGGAGAAUUAUUCAAUGAAGCACAUAGUUUUUCCUUCAGAGUUAACUCACUGCAAGAACGUGUGGACCGAUUGUCUGUUAGUGUCACACAGCUUGAUCCUAAAGAGGAAGAAGUGUCCUUGCAGGAUAUAACCAUGAGAAAGGCUUUCCGGAGCUCUACGGUUCAGGAUCAGCAGCUUUUCCACCGUAAGACCUUGCCUAUCCCGCUGCAGGAGACAUACGAUGUGUGUGAGCAGCCGCCGCCUCUCAAUAUCCUCACUCCUUACAGGGACGAUGGAAAGGAAGGGCUGAAGUUUUACACCAACCCUUCAUAUUUCUUUGAUCUGUGGAAAGAAAAGAUGUUGCAAGAUACAGAGGAUAAGAGGAAGGAAAAGAGAAAGCAGAAGCAGAAAAAUCUAGACCGUCCUCAUGAACCAGAGAAAGUGCCAAGAGCACCUCACGACAGGCGGCGGGAAUGGCAGAAGCUGGCCCAGGGUCCAGAGCUGGCCGAGGAUGAUGCUGACCUCCUGCACAAGCACAUUGAAGUUGCUAACGGCCCAGCCUCGCAUUUUGAGACGAGGCCACAGACAUACGUGGAUCAUAUGGAUGGGUCGUACUCGCUCUCUGCCUUGCCAUUCAGUCAGAUGAGUGAACUUCUAACCAGAGCUGAGGAAAGGGUCUUAGUCAGACCCCAUGAGCCACCUCCACCUCCACCAAUGCAUGGAGCAGGAGAUGUGAAGCCCACACCCACCUGUAUCAGUUCUGCUACAGGUUUGACAGAGAAUCGCCCCCAGUCCCCAGCUGCAGGCAGAACACCCGUGUUUGUGAGCCCCACUCCCCCACCUCCUCCACCACCUCUUCCAUCUGCCUUGUCAACUUCUUCACUAAGAGCUUCGAUGACCUCAACUCCUCCCCCCCCAGUCCCUCCCCCGCCUCCUCCUCCCGCCACUGGUUUGCAGGCCCCAGCAGUGCCCCCACCUCCAGCUCCUCUCCAGAUCGCCCCUGGGGUUCUUCACCCAGCUCCCCCUCCAAUUGCUCCUCCUCUAGUACAGCCCUCUCCCCCAGUAGCUCGAGCUGCCCCAGUAUGUGAGACUGUACCAGUUCAUCCACUCCCACAAGGUGAAGUGCAGGGGCUGCCUCCACCCCCACCUCCACCUCCUCUACCUCCCCCUGGCAUUCGGCCAUCUUCGCCAGUCACAGUUGCAGCUCUUGCUCAUCCUCCCUCUGGGCUCCAUCCAACUCCAUCUCCUGCCCCAGGUCCCCAUGCCCCCUUAAUGCCUCCAUCUCCUCCAUCACAAGUUCUACCUGCCUCUGAGCCAAAGCGCCAUCCAUCCACCCUGCCUGUAAUCAGUGACGCAAGGAGCGUGCUGCUGGAAGCCAUUCGGAAAGGUAUUCAGCUUCGCAAAGUGGAAGAGCAGCGUGAACAGGAAGCGAAGCAUGAGCGGAUUGAAAAUGACGUUGCCACCAUCCUGUCUCGCCGCAUUGCUGUGGAGUACAGUGACUCGGAAGAUGACUCGGAGUUCGAUGAAGUAGACUGGCUGGAGUAGGAAAGCCGCAUGGCUCUGUACUGCAAGGAUGACUCGGAGUUCGAUGAAGUAGACUGGCUGGAGUAGGAAAGCCGCAUGGCUCUGUACUGCAAGGAUGACUCGGAGUUCGAUGAAGUAGACUGGCUGGAAUAGGAAGGCCGCAUCGCGCUGUAUUGCAAGGCUGAAUGCACAUGUCCCCCGUGGCGCUUGUUCUCUGAAAAUGUUCGGUCAUUCUAGUGUUUGCUUCCUAUUCCUCAUAAUGAAUAACCCUUCCCUCCAUAAUCUUUGAUUUCUAUGAAAGGUAUUAGCAUAUAUUUCAAACUAAAUAUUUUACAGUGGCUUAUCUUAAUUUCCCCCCCCCCCCCAGGAAAAAUAUAAUUUGGUCCAAUAAACUACUAAGUAUUAAGCAUGGACAGCCGUUAUUAGGGUAGCAGAUUCAGUUUUUGAUAGACCUUCAUUGUGCACUUUGUGAUUUUUUUGUUUUUUUUUUUUUUUUUUAAAUUUGAAGAACGCAGCUGAGAAUGGAAUCUUGAAGGCAGCUCUGUCCGUGAGUGACUCUUAUUCCGUUUCUUGAGGUUUUAAAUGAAGAAACACUGCCUCGAUUAUAUGAAUACACUCAGAAAGAACAUGUAGCUUGUAGUGUUGACUUCUCUUAAAGGAAUGGUUAGCUUUUGUUACCAUUUUAUUGUUUUUAAAUACUUGCCUUAUUUGAACGUUUAGCAGAUCCCCUUUCCCAAUAUAUUGUGUGGUACGGUUUUGCUUGCCUAUAGAAGUUUAAAUUUUCCAUGUGAAAUACUCAGAAUAAGCAUAUGUGUAACUUACAUAAUGUGAGAACUACAAUCUGAUGUAAUAAACGGUUCAUUUUAAAGGCU